CUUGCAAACGGGAAUCCCGCUUUAACUUUCAACACUUAAAUAGUGAUUUGUUGAGAUUAAUUGUAACUCUUAAGUUCUACUCCGAGAGAAACGACCUUAAUUUUCCUAUCCAGGAUGUUACGGAAGAAGGCGAAAUCGACUUCCGGUGUCUUCGAGGAAGCGGAUAAAUUUCGUCGAGCUAUUUAUCUUAACACAAUUACUGUUGCUGUUUUGGGAGAUUCUGGUGUAGGGAAGAGCUCAAUCAUUCGUCAUAUCGUAGGGGAGGCAUUUAUUCACGAACACGUGCCUACAGUAGAAGAAUUCUACGUGAAGCAGAUGACCUACAGAAACAAAACCUGUGAGAUUCACAUCAUCGAUACAUCGGGAACCUACGAGUUUCCUGCUAUGAGGCGAAUCGCUAUCCAAAAAUCCGACGCUGCAAUAUUAGUAUAUUCUCUGGACAAGCCGGGGUCCUUCACAAAGCUGGAAAGACUCAUGGAUGAGAUAGAGAGCUGCUGUGCCGACAGAAAUCGUCGAAUUCCAGUCAUCAUCGUGUCUAACAAGACCGAUCUUCCUAAUUUGUCGGAGCCAACCUUUGUCACCACGAGUGGCGAGCGAGUUAGCGCCUGUGAUCAUCUGGAGGGGAAAUGGAAGUGCCAAUGGCUGCCAUCUUCGGCCAGAUUCAACCUCAAUAUAGAUGUGAUACUUCCUAAACUCUUGGAUAAACUGUCUCCAGAGAAAACAUUUCAGAGAAAUAACAGCCAUAUUUGGAAACGCAGAUUCCGUUCACGUUCAGAUAAAAGCUGAGUGAAAAGCUCAUUGUCACUUCAUCCUGGCGGCUCCAAGUCACUUGUUCACUGGAGGACGACCGAGAAGAAAUGGAGAGGAGGACAGGGGAGGAAAGGAUACGUCUUUCAGAUAUUUCGCAAUUUGCUUGGCUGGUGUACUUCUUAGAUGACCCUUGCCUCAAGCAAUUUUUUAUUUUGUAAAUGACUGAUUUUUUCGUUAUGGCUGACGUGCCUUCCGGUCGUUACAUUGGUUUUACGCCAAAGAUACCUCGGGGACGUGCUGUUUCCAACAGUGUAUGUAACAAGAAAGGACAUCUGAACACAAUUUUAGUUUUGACUG